GUAUGCAUUCAUUCUUCUUGAGAAAAUAAGAGAAAAUCCAAUUUUUUCCACAAACUUUCUCAGAAUUUAGAGAGCGGUCUCAAAGUCAAACGGGUCCAAACGCUCCUGUGGACCAAUUUCUCUCGAGAAUUUUUGGCAUUUGGGUGUGGGGGGGGACAUCCUUUGCGAGCUAGCGGUGGACCCAGUGUAACGCUCGGAUACAGUCUGAUAUCUAAUAUUUUUCAACGAAAAGAUCGGCUUUCUUACACCGAUAAGCCCCUGUACUUAUAAUCUCGAAUGCAUCGCCACUGUUGUCUACCAACCCCUUCUCCAGUCUCCUCCUUACCUCUAAUUUUAUAUGAUUGUAACCAGUCGGAUAGUUAUAAAGAAAGACACUGAGAAUAUCCUUGGAAGCUGAAUUUUGUGUUUAUAAAAAGGUUCUGGUGCGGUGGAUAGAUGUCUACUCUCAAUAAAGAGCUUGUCUUUUUAAUUUUACAGUUCCUCAAUGAGGAAGGUUUCAAAGGAGCUGCUCACAUGCUUGAGAAUGAAACUGGGUUUUACUUCAACAUGGAAUUUUUUGGGGAGUUGAUACUUAGUGGGAGUUGGGAUGAGGCUGAGAGGUAUCUUGCUGGUUUCACUAAGUUAGAUGACAAUAGAUGCUCGACCAAGAUCUUUUUUGAGAUCAGGAAGCAGAAGUUCCUCGAGGCAUUGGACAAGAAUGAACGUGCCAAGGCUUUAGAUAUCCUUAUGAAGGAUUUGAAAGUUUUUACACCAAAUAACGAGGCCCUCUUCAUGGAAAUGACUCAGCUUUUGACAUUAAACGAUAUAAGGGAACAUGACUCACUCUCCAUGUAUGGAGAUACAGAGUCUGCAAGGCAAAUCUUGAUGCUUGAAGUUAAGAAAAUUAUAGAGGCAAACCCCCUUUUCCAUGACAAAUUAAAAUUUCCCAGCAUUAGAAGUCAGAGAUUACGCCGUCUCAUAAAUCAGGGCCUGAAUUGGCAGCAUAUACAUUGUACACUUCCUCAACCAAAUCCCAAUAUAAGUACCCUUUUUGUGGAUCAUGUUUGUCUACCACCAGAGGAUCAGUUACUUUCAACAUCAAGUGAUAACAAUCUAUUGGCCACAUCAAUGCCAGCACCAAUAUCCCCAGCCAGUUCUAUAUCUACACCAUCAACCGUGUCUCAUUCUGAAAUUUCUAGCGGAGCCAUCUGUCUUGGUGGUUCAACAAACCUAGAUGGAUUGAAGAACACUAAUGGAUUAUCUGAAAUUUUUCCUUUAGAGACCUCUAAUAAGGAAACAUCAGCUGUCACACAUCCUGGUGAAAGCUUUUUCAACAUUGACAAUGAUUUCUCGACUGUCAUUCAUCCUGAUCAAAGUAUUUUCAAAAUUCCUGAUGACUUGCCCAAGAGUCGUCAGAAGAACAAUACAUUUGAAAGCUGCAGACAGAUAAACAAUACUGACUUGCCCAAGACUGUUGCAAGGAUAUUGAAUGAGGGGUCAUCUCCAAUGAGCAUGGAUUUUCAUCCUGUUAAACAAACUAUUCUUCUAGUUGGAACUAAUAUGGGAGAUAUAGGAUUGUGGGAAGUUAGUUCUGGGGAAAAGUUGCUGUCAAGGAAUUUUAAGGUUUGGGAUAUUGGAGCAUGCUCAAUGAAAUUCAAGGCAGCUCUUCUUAAGGAUCCAUGUGUUUCUGUUAAUUGUAUUGCAUGGAGCCCUGAGGGUUCUUUAUUUGGUGCUGCGUAUUCGAAACACAUGGUGCAAAUAUAUUCUUAUGUUGGUGCGAAUGAUGUCCAGCAGCAAAUGGAGAUCGAUGCUCAUGUUGGUGGUGUAAAUGACUUAGCAUUCUCUGCCCCUGAGAAAAAACAUUUGGUCAUAACUUGCGGUGAUGAUAAGAUGAUUAAGGUAUGGGAUGUCACUACUGGUGUCAGAAUGUAUAGUUUUGAAGGUCAUGAUGCUGCUAUUUAUUCUAUCUGCCCUCAUAGCAAGGAAGGCAUUCAUUUUAUCUUUUCAACAUCAGUGGAUGGCAAUAUAAAAGCAUGGCUAUAUGAUAACAUGGGAGCCAGAGUUGAUUAUGAUGCUCCUGGUCUGGGGUGUACAUCAAUGGCAUAUAGUGCUGAUGAUAAAAGGCUUUUCUCAUGUGGGACCAGUAAAUGUGGGGAGUCAUUUCUUGUUGAAUGGAAUGAAAGUGAAGGUGCAAUAAAGAGAAUCUACCAUGGAUUGCAGAAGAAUUCUUUGGCUGUAGUACAGUUUGAUAUAAUGAAGAAUCAAUUCUUGGCUGCUGGUGAUGAGCAUGUAAUUAAAAUUUGGGAUGUGGACAAUGUUGAUCUUUUCUCGACUAUUGAUGCAGAUGGUGGAUUACCUGCAAAUCCACGUAUUCGGUUCAACAAAGAUGGCACAUUGUUGGCUGUUUUUGCUAAUGAAAACAGAAUUAAGAUUUUGGCUACUGAUUGUGGUCUUCAGUUGCUGCACAAAUCUGAAAACUGCUCAGUUGAUGACUCUAGAGUUCUUUCUGAUACUUUUAGGAAGCUUGCAAUUAACCCAGCUUCAACUGUUACUUGUGCCGGAGUUGCUGAUGAAGCACUGGAGAAUGGGGACUCAAAAAGUUUGGAGGCUGUGAAAUAUGAAUUUACUGGGAAAGCUGAUCAGAAUCUCUUUGAAAUGAACAAGCGUUCUCAGUGCCAGACCUUGCGGCUUCCUUCAUAUAUAAAAGCUAACAAGAUAUCAAAAUUGGCUUACAACAAUGCAGGUAAUGCCAUUUUGGCAUUGGCAUCAAAUGGUAUUCAUCUAUUUUGGAAAUGGCAACUUAAUGACCUUAAUAUGAGUGGCAAGGCAACUACAGAAGUUCUCCCUCAACAAUGGCAACCAAAGAGUGGCCCAAGGCUGAUGACAAAUGACCUUACAGACACAAAGUAUGGAGAAACCCUUUCUUGUUUUGCUUUGUCCAAGAAUGAUUCAUAUCUCAUGUCAUCAUCAGGAGGGAAGAUAUCCCUGUUCAACAUGGUGACAUUCAAGACAAUGCUGUGUAUCAGGCCUGCACCACCUGCAACAACUAGUCUUGCUUUUCUCCCUCAAGAUAACAACGUAGUUGCUAUAGGGAGGGACGACUCCACAAUUUUAAUAUAUAAUGUUCGUCUAGCUAAGGUUAUCAGUAAGCUUGAGGGUCAUUCCAAGAGAGUAUCUAGCCUUGCCUUUUCUAAAGCCCUGAAUUUGCUUGUUUCUUCUGGAGCAGAUUCUCAGAUUUUGGUGUGGAACGUUAAAGGGUGGGAAAAACACAGAAGCGGAUUCUUACAGAUUCCUGACGAGAAAAAGCAUGAAGCAUUAUUGGACACCCAUGUCCAGUUUCAUCAGGAUCAAACACGCUUCCUUGUUGUACAUGAGAGUUGUCUCUCAAUUUAUGAAGCCAGAGAUUUAGAAUGUUUAAAGCAGUGGGUUCGAGGAGAUCUUGUGCCAAUCUCCCAAGCAACUUUCUCAUGUGAUAGCCAAAUGGUGUAUGCCACCUUUGUGGAUGGAAGUGUAUCUAUAUUUGAUGCUUCACGUCUUGAACUACAUUGUCGGAUUACUUCCACUGCUUACCUUCCAUUUAGUUCAUGUGAUGAUGGUUAUCCGCUAGUUAUUGCUGCACAUCCACAGAAACCAAACCAAUUUGCAGUGGGGCUAUCAAAUGGUGGGGUGAUUGUAUUUGAGCCUCUAAAUCCUGCUGGCAAGUGGAGUACGUUGCCACCAUAUGAAGAUGGGUCAGAAGGUGCCAUGCCUGUCGAAUCUGAUGUUGACUAAUCAAAGUUCCUCGCAAUCUGAUUUCAACGAUUUCAGAGUUUGAUCAAACCAAGCUUUUUACAUAGAAAUGACGAAUUGGACAAAAGUCCCUUGGCUGGAAUAUAUAUGCCCCAUAUAUAAAUCAACAUAUUUAUGUGCUUGUGCUUCCUAUAUGGUUUUUGGGUGGCAUAGACCACACUAAAGUUGCUAAUAAGAGCCACAUCCUCGUUACCAGAA